UGUCCGUCUCCAGGCAACAGCCGUCAACACGGCGGCGGCGGGCGGAGCUCCGCGCUGUCCCGGGCGGGGCGGGAGUCGGGACGCUCGGGCCGUGGGUGCGGAACGGGAGACGACACAGCUUGCCGAGGGGGCCGGAGGAGCGCCGGCCGCACCCCGCAGGCACUGAAUGGCUUUGUUUCCACCGGUGGGUUCUGCGGAGGCCGCUACUAAGCUUGUUCCCAGUUCACAGCUGGAACACCAGAAGAAAAACUUUCAGCAUGAGCUCACACCUGACAAAGAGGAAAGUUUAAAGGAUCUCUAUGCCCGGAAGAGCCGAAGAUAUUUGUAUUCUCUUUCUGCAGAAAGCAGUGAACACUGCUCCAGUCAUGGAGGCUUCUGUUCAGCUGGACUGCAGAGCAAGUAUCUCACCAGCCAGACCAAGACUCUGCCAGCUAAAUCAGUAGCCAGACGGAGAGAAGGAGUGGACCGUGGGUAUCCCCUGAAACCAAUUUUUCACCACAAGGGUGUGAGUGUGCCAGUGGUCAGCAUAGCUCAGCUUGGAAGUUCUCCAUACAUGGAGGAAGCUCCAAAUAGUAGGCCUAGCUCAAUGAGCAAAAGGAAUCCUGCAGCAGGGAGGUCUCAGCUAGCUGCAGGGCUCCCUCCUUGGACAGCAGAGCCUAAACAGUCAGCCUCCCAUCAGUACAGGAAAGAGCUGGCCUACAUCCUAAAGUUAGAGGCAGAUGGACAGAACCUGGAAGAGGAAAUCCAAAAGAAAGAGGCCCUCCUCAAAGAGAAGCUGAGGAAAACAAAGGAGGCACUUAGGAGGAUUCAAAGAGAGAAGGAGCUUGUCGAGGCAGAGGAGAGAAGAGAGAGAGAAGCAGAGAGGGCUCAGGAACAAAAGGCCACAAGGCACCUUGAAGAGAAAACUUUCAGAGGUGCCAUCAGGCCAGGUGAUGGUGGGGGGCUCUCCAGUGGGGCACAGUCUGCAGAGGCCACUAUCCCCAAGCCUGGCACCACCCCCCAAGAACUGUCUAUGGAGAAACUCAAGAAAGAGCGGCUGGUGGCCAGCAACAGCAAAAUUCGAGAUGGCAUGCCCAUGGACCACGUAGCUCCUAGUUCAGAGCUGGACCUAAAACAUAGUCCUUCUCCCUCUGCCCUCUCUGACCGAGAUUCUGGUGACCACCUGUCCCCAGAAGUGCUGUACGUGCGGGCUGCCGGCGCUUUGGAGCAGGGUGGGCUUGAACAGUGCAGCUUCUGCGGUCGCAAGUUUCUCUGCAGCAGGCUUGAGAAACACAGGAGUAUCUGCAGCAAGAGCCAAGGUUCCAAGAGGAAAGUGUUUGACUCCAGCAGGGCCCGAGCUAGGGGCACAGAUCUGGAACAGUAUCAGCAGUGGAAGAGCUCAGAGAGGCCUCAGACUAAGCCACCCAGAAGGAACAACUGGAGACAGAAGCAUGAGGUUUUAAUCCAGACCCUGCGCCAGGCUCGCCAGGUGCAGCAAGUCCUCUCCAAGGGAGGGAAGGUGUCUGACCUGCCCCUGUUGCCUCCCAUUGAAAACCCAGACUAUGUUGCCUGCCCCUAUUGCAGACGCCGAUUUGCCCCCCAAGCAGCUGAGAGACAUAUUCCCAAAUGCAAAACCAUCAAGAACAGGCCCCCACCCCCACUGCAGAGGAGACGCUGCUGAGUCAGUGUCCAACUGUACCUGCUGCUGUCAUUCCCCGCCUGUUUUCUGCUGGUUCCCAGCCACAGACACUUGAAUUUUCCCUACUCUCAACCUUGGCCAUGAGUGUGUUGAGCUUGUAUGCACAUCCAGUGGGAAGCUCAGGACAUAUAAGCAGAAUACUAGAACUUGGGUACUUUGGCCUGUGUCCUGGGUUGCCCCCAUGCAGGAUGCCCCUCUGGGGGCCAUUUCUCCCAUCCAGGGAGUUCAACAUGGAGUCACAGCGUAGAUGUGAGGCUGUUGCUACUGACUGACUGUCAGCAGGACAGCAGUGAGGAGCAAACCAGCCGUCAGAAAGUGGCUGUUCUUCACAAUCAUAUUGUGCCUGUAGGUUAGAGAGGCUUGGGCUUUUUUCCUUUUUUCUUUUUUAAUUUUUCUUUAACUAGUGGUGUCUGAUGUGAAGAGAGCUGUUCUCCUUUAGCUCAUACAUGGCUGCAGACUCAGGUUUUUUUCCUUCUCCAAAGGCAGUGUAGUGCUGUUCAUGGGACGAGCUGGGCCAAACACAGCAUGUGCCUUUUGUUUGUUCUACUGCUCUGUAGGUGCACAAGGUCACCCCUGAAUGUGCUGACAGCAACUGUGGUUCUGUCUGGGGUAGCAUUUUUGUUGUAGCUUCUUACAUUCAGACAAGGUAUUUGGAAAAGUCAGACCGAGGGAGGGGAGUGAACCAUGUAAGCAGUGAACUUUUCUGCAGCACAGACUGCUCUGUUCUUCAGUCCUUGGUAUCUGCGCUAGAUGACUGGAUCCAGAGCUGCUGCUUGGUCAUUGCUUGUGCUCUGUCCUGUUUUGUAUAGUACUGUUUGGCUGAGUAAUGAAAGCUGUGUAGGUAGGUAGGUAGGUUUAUUCCACACUUGUUCUGCAGGAGCCUGAGUUUAUUUAGAUGCUUUUCUAGAAUGCUGGUGAUGAUCCUGGGGCUACUUCUUACCAGCUGAAGAUCUGUAACAUUACUAUUUAGAAAUCUAGUGUGACAUUGUUUGAAUUGGAAAAGGAGAACUGGGAGGAGUAUUAUAAUAUUACAAUGCUUCCUUGACACAAGAAGUUCAGGAUCAGGAAUUCAGGGGGUUAGAAAAGGCAGCAGUAGCGGGCACUUACUGUUUGAGUCCACGUGUCGAUUCACGUGCACGGAACAGCAGAGAUACUCCGAACUGGUCAGAACAGAACAUCCCAAUGUGUUCCUUACCACAUACAAUAGCUGGGACUCAGAGCUGGGAAAGGGCGGAAGAAGAAAUACUUAAUUAAAGAAUAAUGCCACACAAGAUCAAAAAUAGGUCAUGAAUAAGCUCAUACUGGAAAUUAGGUUUCUAACCAGGGGCGGAUUGAGGUCAUGGAAAAACCUCCCAAAUAGAUUAGCACAGGCGAGGAACCUACACUGUUUCAAGAUGGACCUGGAGAUGAUCACAGAAGGGAGCACACUGCAGCAGGCAGAAAUUAAGAAUCCUGAUACAGAGCAUGUGUUCCUAGCUCCAGGCUUCUUGUAUAAAGUGCAAAGAACAGAUCAGCAACAGUUCUGUGACUCAGUGUAUCACUUUCAGGAGCUGAGAAGGAAUCUCCUUCCCAUGGCAACCUACCCUCAAUUCCUCACUUGGCUUCUGAUAUUUCUUUUAUUUUUAUUUUCCAUCCAGAAUGUUUAAGAACUGCUGCAGCUAAAAAAAAGAAGCCAAACACCCCCACCCCAGACAGUGCACUAAGGAACUUCACACCAGAAAACCUGUUAGCUGUUUCACUGAUAUUUUGGGGUUAAAUCAACAAUUAGAUUUAAUACAAAAAAACCUGGAGACUUUCUGCAGGCCAAGUUGCUAGGGACCUCUAAACACCCUUUCUUCAGUCAUCUGCUUUUUUUCAUCUUAGUUGCUGCAAUGGUACAUAAUUAUUACAAAAAUAUAGCCCUUCUUUUGCUUUAUUCUUAAGAUGUAAGGCAGUUAUUGAUGAUUUUUGUCUCAUGCUAAAGGUCUUUGUUUGUCAAACUGUCAAAGGGUCUUUUGGGGAAAACAGGUGUCCUACAGACCCUUUUAGAAAAUCAUCUGCUUAUAAUUGGUGACAGUUCCUGCACAUUUUUAAGUUCCAGAUUCUGAUCUUUAAUGUAUUAGACUAGUUCUGUUGUGUAAAAGUAAUUUUAAAUGGUCACAGAGUGGUUUGUGUUCUCAAAGAAAGAAUGACUACUUUGUAUGAGAGAGUUGCAACAGGAAGCAAACAAGGAACAAAAAAAAUCCAGCAGCUUCUUUUGCGAGUCCUUCAGUAAUGUAGCAGCAGCUCAUGGGAACCUAGAAAAAGAUGAAAAGCGACUAGAUUAAACUGGACUAGUCAGAAACUGAAUAUGAAGAAACACCCAGCCUUCAAUGGGUGGACCUGACUCCUGGAAGGAAUUGGAGAGCUUCUGCCCUAUAAAUGAGAGAAAUCUCAGUCCCUUGGCACACCCUACAAAAGCACAAAGGUCCCAGAACAGGUCAGUGCUGCACCGCACCAGCCAGGUAAAGAGUGUACAAACCUAGAGAGGAGAGAAAAAGCAGACUUGAAACACAGGAAAGUGAUUUGCUAUAUCCAAAUUGAUUGGAGAAACAAGAUCAAUGCCUUAACUUCAGCACUUUGAAAUACAGGAUAGUAACAGGUAACAAGAGGUAGGAAAGGGGUAAACUGGAACCUUUAUGUCAGCUUCCUUCUAUUAAUGAAAGGUGUAGCUGAAUUAAACAAAGAGUAGUUAAGAAAUUCAGUACCACUGCCUGUCUUGUAAUAUUAACUCUUGUUUCUGUUGCAAUAUAUUUUAUUGACUGUAUUUAGUGAACCCUGAAAGUCAGCAGAGUGCAAAUGGUGUAGACAGACACAGAAAAGCUUUUGAUACUGUAAAAUACAGCCAUCUGUUGGGGACUUAUUUUAAGUGACAGGCAAACAGCUAAUGCUGAGAUUGAAACUGUGUAUUAAACAGAAGUUAUUGAAAUGAAA